AUGAGCGAUGUCAAAGCAGGUGAAGGCGAUAUGAGCGAAACGACCGAAGGCGAGAGAACAGAUGAGAGAGAAUCCGCGCAGUUCAACAGCCUUGACGGACUAACGAGCUUGUUUGCCAGCCCAGCGCCAUCGACUGCGGGCUCAAUCGAUAGCAGGGAGGAAGUACACGACUGCGACGAUUGGGAUUUGUUUUCUGACGCUGCCUUAGACCAACACGAGGCGUCAGACAACUCGACAGAUGACCAUAGCGACGAGGAAGAUGACCAGCCAGGGGAUAGCGACCUUCAUCAAGCCGCGAUUGAGCAGGAUGAUACCGAUAGGCUAGCGAAUCAUUGUUCCACGACCACCGCGAGUGCAGAUACUAGCGUGCACCGGCGAAUCCAAGUUGUAGUUCGUGUCCGGCUCCCAUUGAAUUCCGAAGACAAGAUCGUCGUCACUGCGGGUGAGAAGGAGGGUGUUAGUCUAUGCGUGCAAGCAAUAACUUCUCAAGGAACCAGCAGUACAGUGACGGAGUGCACGUUCGAUCGAGUGUUCAUGGGUGAUGCGACGCAAGAGGACGUAUUUGCAGCUAUCGAACCGAGUGUACAAGCGUGCCUGGAAGGAUACAACGCCACCGUGUUCGCAUAUGGACAAACCGGCACAGGCAAGACGCACACUCUAUUCGGUCGAGACUUGGAUUCUUCUCGAGACAGCACGGAGUGGGGACUUGUUCCCCGCACACUCAGCUAUUUGCUGGGCCAGGCGGCGAUCUUGAAGCACAAGAACUGCCAAGUCGAGCUGCACUUGAGCUUCCUGCAGAUCUACAACGACCGUCUGUUUGAUCUCCUCACUGAUCGCAUGAGGCAGAAGCCUCUUCUUCUUCGCGAGCAGCCAAUGAUCGAUGGCACGACUAGUGUUAUUAUUCGAGGACUAUCAAGCGAGAAGAUCUCGUCGUUCUCAAACGCCAUGCAAAUUAUCCACCAAGGCCACACCAAUCGAUGCGUUCGUGAGACUGAGUCGAAUCUUUCAAGCAGUAGAAGCCACGCUAUCGUACAAGUAAACAUCACGACGCAGUGUCCUGCGCUAAAUGGAGAAGGACAAGUCGUUCGAAGAGCGAGAUUGAACCUGGUGGACCUUGCAGGCUCGGAGAAGUGGAAUACGGACGUACAGAUGGAAGACGCGCACUCACAGGAGCUGAAAACUAUCAAUACGAGCUUGUCGGCAUUGGGGAACUGCAUUGCGGCAUUGACCGAGACAGGCAGGAAGCACAUCCCGUAUCGAGAUUCGACGUUGACUCGUGUGUUACAGGACUCUUUCGGUGGGAACACUCUGUCAUGUUUGAUAGCGACGAUUAACGCUACACAGCAGGCGUGUGACGAGACAAUUCGGACACUGCAGUUCGCAGACCGAGCGAGGUCCGUGAUGCAGACAAUUCGAGUGAAUGAGGUGGUGGAUGGCUCGACUGAAUUGCUGAUGGCAAAGAUCCAGAUUGUGAAAUUACGGGAACGACUGGAAAGCGAACAGCGAAGGAGACACGAAAUUCGAGUGAAGGAGCAUCAGACACUGCAGGAAAUACUUAAAGGGAAGGAUAAAGAGAUCACGAAGUUGACGAGAGAUAAUGUGGUUUUCCAGAGGUGGAGAGAAGAAGAUGUCAAGAAAAUUCGAGCUUUAGAGAGUCGAGUCAAGGACUUAGAACAGCAAAUCGACACGAAUGAUAGCAAGAGUAUUGAAAAUGUGACGGUAACUCAAGGAUCUAAACGUCAGAGUUCAUCCAUUCCUGCAGUGCGAAAGUCUCGAUCGCGAAAGAACCUUACAAGAGCUGGACGUGACAAUGGUACCGCUGGUAGAGCGUACAAGCAAGUUCUUGAACGAUACGCUCUGAGCUCCAGCAAAGAUCCACAAGUAAAGGAGACCCAAAGCAACAAGAGUGCGUCUGAUCAGAGUGAUUCAGCACACGAUGCUACCAAUCAAGUCGAGGACCCUGCCGAAUCCCAGCCAGCACCUCCAGAUAUGAAGCCCCUGAUGAACCAAAACCCAUGCUGGGGUGCUUUGGACGAAAGUCGCGUGGGCGAAGCACCUGUCAUUGGUAAAACCAGACAGCAAGGUUCUGGAUUGCGCGUAUCCCCUGUACUUUACCAGCCAAAUGAACCCACGCUAUUCUUGGCUUUAACUAAAAACUCUUCGACGUAUUCGAGCUCUGCAGCAAGUUUUUGUACCGAAUGGACACCUUCAAUACAGGCGUCGAAAUCGAUGCCAACAAUUUUGACCCAGCAUCAAGAAAGCAUCAAGAAACACGCCAAUCCGAGCCCAGUAAAUGGCUACAGUAGCUCUGUUCAGAGACAAGAGACCUUUCCAUUAGUGAAGAACGCUAGCACUGGAAGCAUCGCGUACAGCCCGCCCGUGCGCGUACCAAUAAUCAGCACCAUGACUGACGUGUGCCUAAAACACAAGCUCGCCGGAUGUAUGUUGUGCUCAGUGGGUGGCGGUUGUCGACCAACGCAAGUCCCCAGCCGACAACCAACCAAGGAGUUCACGACUAGUUCUAUGACGUCCAAUUCACCUGAAAUGGCCCGGAAAUCGCAGGAUGGAUCCUGUGCGAAACAUCAACUGCUACGCUGCUUCAUCUGCUCGAAGGGCAGUACGGUCUGUAGUAUCACUAAAGCUACGGUGACGUCAACUGCAGCAUCUACCUACACGUACAGCCAACCAGCGAGUUCUGCAAACCUCAGUUAUCAGGGCGAUACCCAGUCCAAGUGUGCUCUCCACUCGCUCGCCAACUGCAUUUUAUGCGCUGGGGUCAAAGCAAUGACCCGGAAGGUGGCAGUCCCAAGUCCUAAAGCGUCUCCAGUAAAAGUUAAUGCUAGUUUUGAUGCAAGAAGUGCAAUCCACGUGGAAGAACGCGAUCUGGAUCGAUAUCGGCGAUACACACUCGACGAAAGGAUACUCAACUACAAGGCGCAGCCGAAGCUAGCGAAUCACUGGUGA